ACGACGUUUCUCGAAUUGUCAUGCUUAUGAUGAAUUUACGAUUUCUAGCGCUGCUUGGAAACGCUCUAGUCGAAUUAAAAUUGUAAAUUUUGACUGUAAUCUCUCGAGUUUGUCCUUGUGGUGCACGUGCGUGGUGUAUUAGCAUCGAAUAAAGCUUUUGAAGCAUCAGCUGCGGUUAACUGACGUUUAUUACGAGGACUUUUAGUGUUCAAUAGAACGUGUGAAAUACCUUGUGUAGAGUGCGAUCAUGGCUAAAUGGGGCGAAGGUGACCCUCGGUGGAUCGUGGAGGAGCGGCCCGACGCCACAAACGUCAACAACUGGCACUGGACGGAAAAGAAUGCUGGUCCAUGGUCGAAGGAACGCCUAAAAGAGUUGCUGAACAAUUUAAAAAUAGCCCAAAAUGGUGUAGAUUGUAAGAUUACUGAGAUGGAGAAGAUUGAUGGAGAGGCGUCGGCGAAUAAUAGAAAAGGAAAGCUGAUAUUCUUUUACGAGUGGGACAUUAAGUUGAAGUGGGAAGGCCGCAUUUCAGGAGGCAGUGAGGUGACCAAGGGGGAAGUGCAUAUUCCCAACCUGUCGGAGGAAAACGACGUUAGCGAGGUGGAUAUGACAGUCACAAUAAAAGGUAGUGGCGAGGAAUCCCAAAGAGUAAAAGCAUUCAUGCACAAUGUCGGCAAGAAAGAAAUCCGGAAACAGCUUGAAGAGUACAUUCGGAGCCUCAAAGAGGAGUUCUCAAAAGGCCUCAUCCUCCCCAAGAAAGGAGAAUCCUCCGUCAAGCCCGACAAUGUCUCAACAAUAACCAGCGGUUUUAACAAAAAAAUCAACAUGGAACCUAUAAUCGCGCCUAAGAAAGAAAUUGGUUGCAAAUUAGACACAAAAAGUCUAGAACUUUCAGAGAAAUUCCAAUGCAGAGGACAAGAGUUUUACGACGCUUUGACUAGAAUAGAAAUGGUGACAGCUUUCACGCAGGGCCAUGUGAAAAUGGAGGCGGAGAAGGGUGGGAAGUUUGCCCUGUUUGGGGGAAAUAUUACGGGGGAAUUCAGAGAGUUGGUGCCGGGGAAGAAGAUCACGCAGUAUUGGAGAUACAAGCAGUGGCCUGAUCAACACUUCUCGGAGGUUACCAUCAAUAUUGAUGAGAAGAACGACCACACACUAGUAACAGUGAAGCAGGACCUGGUACCAGCGGCCGAGGUAGACCAGACGCGCGAGAACUGGAAGCGAUACUACUUCGAGAGCAUUAAGCGCGCCUUUGGCUUCGGCGCCUUCCUGUGAUCACCGAAAAGCACAUUAGGAAAAUUAGGUCCAAUUUUAAUAAGGGAGUUCAGUUGAUGAAUGCAGAGCAUUAUUAAAACGCUUAGUACGCGUAUAAUCGUCAUUUCAAGCAUAAUAAUUAUUAUACAAACUAGCAUUUUAUUGUUCAAAAUUUGAAAUAUUUGCUGUUAGGAAACAUCUUGAGGGCUGUAUCUUUUUUUACGCAAAAUAUUGAUUUGAUAACAUUCCACCUGGGAUAAUUAUUUGGUCUACUUAAUGAGUAAAAAUCUGGUAGUUUGAUCUCUAUGAGUACAUAUUUCAGUUAUAUCACUUUGCCUUUACUUUGCUUGAAACUUUAGACAAAAUAAUACUAAGACGCGUAAAUGACUGCUUAUCCUAAGGCCCAGCCAUAUGAAAUGAAAAAUCCAGAAUUUGCCACUGAAAUUUGAACUUUUAGUGCAGGGAAUAGAGUUGAUUUUGGUUUUGUUUGAAAAUUGAACGAAACAAAACAAAUGCGACUCUGUUCCAAUUGAAUAUCAUUUAAAUUUCAUCGAACUGUAUAAGUACUUUAGGUAGGACCUUGGGCCUUAGGAGGAUAUAGUUAUUAAAUUGUUAACCACUUUGGUAAUCCAGUGGACUCAAAAGCAUCUACACUAGCACUCAAUUUUGCGACCGCAUAGUUCUUCUUCCUUCUUCCUCGCGUUAUCCCGGCAUUUUGCCACGUCUCAUGUGAGCCUACGGUCGGCUUGAAAACUAAUCUUACGAAUUGGCGUAGGCACUAGUUUUUACGAGAGCGACUGCCAUCUGAGGGGAAACUAGGCCUUAUUGGGAUUAGUCCGGUUUCCUCACGAUGUUUUCCUUCACCGAAAAGCGACUGGUAAAUAUCAAAUGAUAUUUCGUACAUCAGUUCCGAAAAACUCAUUGGUACAAGCCGGGUUUUGAACCCGCGACCUCGGGAUUGAAAGUCGCACGCUCUUACCGCUAGGCCAUCACGCUUCAUAAUUGCGACUGCAUAAUUGUGGAUUAAUUUACGUGCCGUAGCAUUGUUUUAUCUAUGGUAUAGAAUAUGUGGUUAAGAAUAAAGAAAUAACCCUCGAGUUUGAUGUUAUCUUUAUGUUAUGGUGUGGUAUUCCACCUGUCCAAUGUCAAUUUGUCUCACUCUCUCAUUAAGCAAAAUGUGAGACGCAUUGGACUAAGAAAUUGGAUAAGUGGAAUACCACAUUUACGUAUUUUGUUGAUCAAAUUGAUUGUAUUCGUUAAAUGUAUUACUUCCAUGCAGUAGUUGACUGUUAAAAUUUACAAGUUAAAUUGUGCUUUAUAUACUUUAUUCGAUCAUCAUGCAAUAUCUCAUGCUCUCACUAAAAUUAAAUUAGUUUAAUGAGUUGAAUAUUUAAUUGUUUCUUUCGCAAAAAGGGUGACGCAAAAGUGACCCACAACAGUAAUUUUUAUUUGAGAAGACAAUUAUAUCCUGCAUUUAUCUAUUUUGUCAUCAGCCCUUAUUUUUUUCUAACAUAUGAUGUAAUAACUGUGAUUUUUGACUUCAUUUUGUGAGAUAAUCUGAACUGCUAACCAUAAAUAAGUGAUCGAAGUGAUAUCAGGAA